AUGCCGAAAUCUCCUAAAGCUUGUUUAUAUGUAUGCUGUCCCGAAGAAUGUCCCAAGCAGUACGAAUGUACCUGCACAAUAAAAUGCAAGUUUUUUUGUGGUUAAUAAUUUUUUUAUCAUAGGCAAGCCCGUUAAACCAAAAAAAUGUGAAUGCUGCAUCUGUGGAGAUAUUUGCUGUCCGGUUGACACCUGUGUGGUAAUGGAACCGUGCAAGCCAAAGGAGUGCCGUAUCAAAGUCAAGUGUCUUGAACCAUGUCCUGAGUAUGAGUUUUAGUAAAUAUUUUCAUUUUUUACUUAGGCCGUGUCUACCGCCGUGCCCACCACCGUGUCCGCCACCAUGUCCGCCACCAUGCCCACCACCAUGUCCACCACCUCGCACAUUCCUGUGCCAGGAGUGUUGUGUCUGUGCUUGCGACCCAUGCCCCUAA